AUGUACUAUUCAGUUGAUACAGUUUUAGAAAAAGAGGAUGCAGUCCAUUUCCCAACUGAAUUUCUUAACUCUUUAACGCCUUCUGGAGUUCCACCACAUACACUGAUUUUAAAAAUAGGGGCACCUAUUAUUUUAAUGAGAAAUUUGAGCCCACCCACACUUUGCAACGGUAUAAGACUACAAAACAAAAAAUUGAGAAGUUCAUUACUCGAGUGCAUAAUAUUAACAGGCUGUGGUAAUGGAAAAACUGUUUUAAUACCAAGAAUACCAAUUAUACCCUCAGAUUUACCUUUUAAGUUUAAACGUAUUCAAUUUCCCGUUAAAUUGACAUUUGCAAUGAUUAUAAAUAAAGCACAGGGACAAACACUUAAUGUUGCUAGAAUUGACCUAAGCGUUCAGUGUUUUUCUCGCGGUCAAUUAUACGUAAUCCUGUCACGUGUGACAUCCAAAUUUAAUUUGUAUAUUUUUGCCCCUGAUCCAGAAAAAGUUGAUAACGUUGUUUACAAAGAAAUUUUUUAA